UUGAUUUAUCAUCAGAAUUAGAGUUUAUAGAUAUUUAAGCAUAUCCUUUAAUAUUUAAAUCAUUCUGUAAUAUUUUUACUGUACAUUUUCAAUAUGCUGUUGACUGGCCCUUGGUAGUUUGUUCGGGAUUUUCAGCAAUAUCAAAAUAUUGUCGUAAAGACGUAUCUUUGCUACGGUGGCGGAGGUUAAAGGAACGCGCCCCUAAAUGUCUGCAGUUUAUAAGCAUUAAUUCGGUUGAAGACUUGUCAAAUGUGACGUAUCCGGAAAUUGCCGGUAAAUUAUUAUUAUUGCAAAUGGUAACUGGACAGGAGUGAAGUGGAAGCACAGAGAAUGUUUGUUCUGGUUGCAGUAAAGAAGAUAAAAUCUUUGCUUCUCUUACUUCUGAAUGCCAUAAGAAGAUGCUUUUGCUGUUUUCGUAAAAGAAGGAUAUCAGACUCUCACCUUCCAGUAGCUAUUACAAGUGAAAGUGGCACCCUCAGUUCAGUUAGUCAGAAUAACCCAGACGAAUACGCAGGUUGGGAUACUUGGGAUGUACCUUCAUCAGUAGUAACUGAUGGAGGUGGAAGAGUCACAUCAUCAAAUAUAUCUCCCCUCCAGGACCACAUUAACCAGUAUCGAUUAAGCCAACAAAAGAAGUUGCUGGAACAACCAGAGGAACAAGAAGAAGAGCCAAAUUAUUUUGAGGACCUAACUCCAAAAAUAGAAAAGAAACCACAAGUUGUGAUAUUGGAGCGACCAGAGGAAGAACAAGUCUUGUCCAAUAGAUUAUCUUUUUCUCUGGCUGACACUUUGUUGCAGUCCUCUGAACUGGAAGAGUGGGUAGAAGAUUGCAGUGGAUGGGAAGGUGAAGCUGAAGAAGAAGCAGACUUAGAUUUGGCAUUGCAAGAGAAAAGACAACAAGAAAGAGAGCAGCGAAGAUUAGAACAACAGAGACGGAAGGCAGAGAAAGAUGCUCAGAGAACAAACAAACUUGCAGCUUCCAAAAUUAGCACAAAGCUUUCAUAGGGCCAAGAAUGAUACAUAUGACUGAAGUAAUGAUUUAGCUUGUAAUUCCAUUCCUGAAACAUUUUUUUUAUCAUGCAUAAUGACCAUGUACUAUAUUCUGUGCACUAAUUUUAAGAUAUUAAUAAAGACUGGUGAUUGUUA